UCCUACCAGUCCCACAGCGUUGAAUGAUGUCAUGGGAUCUGCAGUUCGCCUAGAUGAAAGGGAUAAAGCACAACCCGCUGGCACUAGGAAAAACUCCCAACACACAAUCCACAACACAGCUUGGGAACUGAAAAAGCUACAGAUCCAGCCACUCAACUCGAGGGAGCCAGGGAGGAAUCCUCCUCAUUCUCCCGGCCCAGAAACGAGGGGAGAAGCCAAAGUGAGCAACACUUAACAAAGCCACUUAAGGACCAGAAGGCGGGGAGGUAACUACCUGCUGAAAAGAGAAUUUUCUUUUUAACAUAUAUUUAAAAAGAAAAAAACCCAAAACAACUUAGCACUGCCUUUGAUGCAAUGGCAUCUGAUCACUGAUCAGAUUACAGGCAUUUGGUCUCCGUGCUCGUCUGCCUUUGAUCUGCACGGUUAAUUUUAUUUUCCUGGAUUUGGAGUUUCGUCCGGGCUUGUGCUGACACACAUUUUUGGGGGAGGAAGAAGCAUUUGGUACAGAAGUGGUGCCAGUGUGAAACUAAAUUACUGAAAGGGCGGAGACUGGAGAGAUUUCAGCACGUUGCAGUUUUCACAUUGGAAAUAUAAUUCAUCAAAAGAGAUGGAACCUAAAAGAUCGCCAAAAGAACUAUUAUUCACCAUAGCAUUUUUACUAGCACAUUUGCCACAUAGAAUAAUGUCUGAAACAGGAGAUUGCAGACAACAAGAAUUUAGGGAUCGCUCUGGAAACUGUAUCCCCUGCAAACAAUGUGGCCCAGGAAUGGAGCUGUCUAAGGAAUGUGGCUUUGGUUAUGGGGAGGAUGCACAGUGCAUGACAUGCAGGCCGCACAGAUUCAAGGAGGACUGGGGCUUUCAGAAAUGCAAACCCUGUCUGGAUUGUGCAUUAGUGAACCGAUUUCAGAAGGCUAACUGUUCUGUCACCAAUGAUGCUGUUUGUGGGGACUGCUUACCAGGAUUUUACAGGAAGACAAAGCUUGUCGGCUUUCAAGACAUGGAGUGUGUACCUUGUGGAGAUCCACCACCCCCAUAUGAGCCUCACUGUACAACUAAAGUAAACCUUGUGAAGAUUCCCUCCACCACCUCCAGUCCAAGAGACACAGCUCUGGCGGCUGUGAUCUGUAGCGCACUGGCCACUGUUCUGUUGGCCCUGCUCAUCCUUUGUGUCAUCUACUGUAAGAGGCAGUUCAUGGAGAAGAAGCCGCGCUGGUCUAUGAGAUCACAGGAUAUCCAGUACAAUGGGUCAGAGUUGUCAUGUUUUGACAGACCUCAACUUAAUGAAUAUCCUCACAGAACUUGUUGUCAAUGCCAUCAAGAUUCAGCACAGACUUGUGGACCAGUUCACUUGAUUCCCUCCUUGUGCUGUGAUGAGACCUGUAGCAUGGAUCAUGGCACUCGGGGCUGUGCUCUCCACUCCGGGACCACCUUUCAUGAAAGGAAUGCGAGUUCAGUGGGGGAAAUGCUUCCAACAUUCUUUGGUUCCAUUUCCCAAUCUACCUGCAGCGAGCUCUCAGACGCCUGGCCACUCAUGCAGAAUCCCAUCUGCGGUGACACACUCUCUCUCUCUGAAUCUUACUUGGAACUGAAUGGAGGAGAGAGAAAUUCACUCAACCUGGAAACCGAAAACUCAGCCACUUUGGAUUCAAACAGUAGCCAGGACCUGGUUGGUCCAGUGACUCCACUUCCAUCUCAUCCUGAAAACUUGGCAGAAACUACUGAAUGGUCUCAACAAAACACACUGACAGACCCAUCGCUAACUCAGGAGACUUUAUCUUUUAGAAACCAACUGGAGCAAGAGAAUGAGGAUACCAUGAAUAUGGUUCACCAACCUUCCCUCCAGGAAGCCUAAAGGACUCUUUUCUACCAGGAAUGGAAGUGUACAUAACCCUAAUGCCACUCUGCUAACACUGGGGAACCGAACCCGGUCUGGACCUUGUAUGGUUUCUGACAAAGCUGAAUUGAACUGGCUGCGUUUCAAGUCUU